GGGAUUUCAAACACCGACCUGUCGCCUCAGUCCUGCAUGUGAGAGCACGGCAGCAGCUGGCAAAAUAUCACCGGAAAUCCAAUAAUUUUACCUUCAAAAUAUAAGCGGGUCACGCCCCAAAGAGCAAGCAGCGUUAACCGGAAGCGGCGGUGUGUGCUGCGGCAGCUUGACCAGACCCGCACACGGACGGGACGAUGGCGCUGCCGGUGCUGCUGCUGCUGGAGCUGGCUCUGUACGCCAGCUGCUUCAUCUGCGGGAUAGUGACCGCCGCCUCCGUCACCAUCGUCCAGGGUAACUUUGGAGGCCUGUGCAUGCUGUACGGACGCACCAGCUACAAUGCAACAGCCAACGUCAUCGUCAUCCAGUCGUCCAGCUCUGCGUCUCUCUGCUACUUCAUAUCGGCCAUAUCCAUCAUGGUGGCGGUGGUGUGUUUCUCACUGUCUCUCUACUGGCUGUACUGUGUCUGCAUCGAGGGAGAGAUGAAAAGAGAGCGCUUGUGGAUGAACCUGAUCAUGUUCGUGUGCGGCAUCUUCCUGUUCUUCCUGCUCAUCUCGGGCUGCAUGCUGAAGAUCGGACGCGACUCGCUCUGCGACUCGAUCAUACACACCGUCCACAACGUCACCAGCUGUGAGCAAGCGCAGGCUAGAAACUGGUCCGCCCCGCUGCAUGGGCAGAACUUCUACAACAAUCUACACAAAGCUGAGACGGCGGUGUGGGUCAACUUCUUCUUCUGGCUCUUCAUCGGGGUGUUGAUGGUCGUGCAUAGACGUCAGAGUUCAGAGUCGAAGGUGAUCGCCGGCGGCUUCCCUGCGCCGGGCGGAGGGCUUUUUGGUGAAUCGGAUGGGACGGCUGCAGAAAGGGAGCCGUUUGUCAACCAUCCCGCGAGGCCUCAGUGAGGACGGAGGUCAGCACGAAGUCAUAAAUCCACAGACAGUCAUGAAAAGAUACUAUGGGAUGGUUGGAAAACGGUAAAUGCAUUCAUAGCAUAUACUCUCAUGUAUUCAAGCUUCAGGUGUUACCGUACAUGGACCGAGUCGAGUUUGUGAAUAAAUCUUUGUUAGAGGGUCCUAAAGUUGACAAUAGAUAUUAUCUCCCGAUGAGGAUGGGAUUUGAACCCAUGCGUGCUGAGCACAAUGGAUUAGCAGUCCAUCGCCUUAACCACUCGGCCACCUCAUCCGGAAACAGCAUAUCAAUAAAUCCGUAUCUGUGCAGAACCUCUAUUGAUUCUGAGAGUAUAUCUGAAGCCAGAAACAAGCACACAGUCCAAAGAUUAAGUGUCGACACGUCCAUUUGCCACAUCUGAUUUUUCUUUUUCUUCCAGUGCUUGUCUGUGAAUUUGUUCACUCGGAGUGUUUCUGGUAAUAUUUUGUUUACACACCCAACAGGCAUUUUUUUUUUUUUUAUAUCUAUUACUCAGAUGUUUUGAUGACUGGUCUUUCCAACUUGAAGCUCUUUUUUAUUUUAUAAAUCAUUAACAUUAUUAUUUUAAAUUGUAAAACUCUACACAAGCCGCAGCAGGUCAACGUCGAAUGUCUGUAUUUUUAAAACCACUCUAUGUUGCAGUACCACUUCUGGCCACACGGGGGCAGAGUUCUUCUCACAUGCGGUCAGAAGUGGUAUUUCUACAUAGAGCAGCUUUAAACCUCCUGGAAAGAUGGAGUCUUCUUCUCUGUGCCACUGAAACUAAUUUAUUUAGUCUUAAACUGCUGAAGUGAUCAACAUCUCCAAACGUCAACACUUGUGACAGCUCAAACUAAAGCAGUGUAGGAAUUUACAAACCCUUGGUUUUUCUUCCUUAUUCCUAAACCUUACUCUUAUGUUUUGUCACCUGGUUCAUACCUGCCAACACUCCCGAUUUAAGCGGGAGUCUCCCGAUUUUCAACCAUUUCUCCCGCCCUGCUCCCGAUUUGUAAUUUCUCCCGCUUAUCUCCCGAUUUUAAAGUGGAAUGAGUCAAUGGUGUUUCACGUGUCGGGGUUCCUGCAUGGAUGUAUUAUAUUAACGGCUUCCUGACAAACCUGGCAACCCAACCCAAAAGCACUGCCUACGUCCAAGCUCCGCCCCAUGGAGCCGCCAAUACGUCAACGUCGCCGCCAUAUUGGAUGUGGCAAGACUGCGCUGUAAACUAAUACAAGUGAAUGGACUUAUUUUCAUAAAGCGCCUUUCUAGAAAGAAAUUUACGUUUUACGUCUCAUUUAUUCAUUCACACACGCACUAAUAUACUUGGGAAACAGUUAGGCACCAAAUAUAAUAUGUUUAAUUUUCUCAGAUGGCAAAAAUAAGAACUUUAUCGAUCCCACAGUAAUUCAUGUUAUAUCAGCUAUAGAGAACAAGGUAGUGCCGAAAAACAAUAUAUCCCCCGUCACAAAAACAAGAAAAAUAGAGAAACAUAUUCUCUCAUCAGCAAAGCAUUACAUAAACAUAUUUUAAAAUUUUCAAGUUACAAAAUAACAUAUUUGAACCAUUUUUCAGAUUUUUUCAGUUAUUUUAUUGUUUGGAAAAUGGUUAAAAUAUGUUAUUUUGUUAUUUGAAAAUUUGAAAAUUUGUUUUGUUUGAGAAAAUGCUUUGAAAAAAAGCUGAGGGAAGAGUUGGUGGAGUAUCAAGUCAUAGCAAGCAGGGAUCUCCCACAGGAAGAGAGAGUUGAAGGUUCUGGGUUCUUCUAGGGAAAGAGGAGAGCUUUACAAAUCUGGCAUCACUGAUGAAGGCAAAGCUCUGCAUCCCUCAUAACAAUGAAGCUCAGAGAGGUCAUUCGGCAUGGUGAAAAAGAUCCUCACAGAAAACACGAUGAGUAUGGAUAAUUCUACUCUUUGCGCACUCCUUUCUUGCUAGAUUAACCAUACCAGCCCUGGUCACAAGUAUGUUCCUCCAAGAAAGUGAUUGAAGCUGCAAAGUCUGACAUCUACAAUUACAACAGGUCCUUGGGGGACAAAGGGAACCUGGAAAAUUCUACAAAUAUUGUAUUUUAUUGUUAUUAAUACUAAACUUAUUUGGCUCCAAGAAGGCUGUAGAAUUAUUUUGGGGGGUACAUUUUAGCACAUUUCAUUGUAGCUAUGGAUUUAAAUCUCAUUAAAAGUUGCCUUGUUUAUAUCAGGGCGGGGAUGUUGUGAGUGGAGCAUUCCAACCGCUACCCCAGAAAAUCUCCCUCUUUUUCACAGCCCAAUGUUGGCAGGUAUGCUGGUUGUGUGUUUGUAAUAAUUGCAGAAUUAUCAUAAGAAGAAAAUGCUAAAUAUAAAAAUGUGAACCGUUUGGAUUGUGAUGAUGCUACUAGAUGCGUUUGUCUGGAUUAAAAGUGGAAAUACAAUGACCCCAAAUUUGUUCCUUGUUUAUAUUUGUAGGGACUGGAAACAUAGAUGUGUUGAACAAUGUCGCCCUCUAGCGGUUGAUGAUGAAUUGAACUCUUUCUAUUUGUAGUAUUGUGCUUUGUAAUGUCUUACACAGGUGUUUUGAAAGUUUUGUUUGAGAUGUGAUACUCCUUACAUCGAGUGCCAUGUUGCUUUGUUAUGAUUUUAUUCUGUAAGUGUUGAUUUUAAUAAAGUUGUGGUGCAUACAA